AUGGGGCAGGAUAAUGAUUACAAUAUUCCUUGGGAAUAUGAUACGACCUCCGAGAUAAAAGAGAACUUUGCCCGGCUUGAAAGAGAGACCGAUCAACGAUUGACGGAGCUUGCUGACGACCUGGUCGGCACAACACUCGGACGGGUCUCCGAACUUGAGAAGAAGAAUGUCGGUCUCGAGGACGAACUCAAGGCGCUUUCCGCACAAGUUGCCGAACUGCUCCAUGCCAAGAUAAAUGCGGAUUUCGCGGCUGUAGAGGCUGAUGCUCGAGCGGCUAAGAAGGUCCAGGAUGCGCUGGACGAUGAAGCAAGAAAAGAAAAGGAGGCACCACGACCAUCGCAAAUUACCGAGGAAGAAGAGGCCGAGCGAAUUCGAAGGGCAGAAGCUAAGUUCCCGGGACUUGCAAAGAAGGCAGCCGCUCAAGCUACGAAGAAUGCUGCUCGGUUGGAAAGGAAAAGUCAGAGGCUAGAAGGCUAUGCAACCGCUAACAAAAAGAAGAAGGAAACCGCUGCUUCUUCGAUACCGGCGAAACGGAAAAGAGAAUCCUCGAAGAAAGCUCAAGUGGCCGACCUGCUGAAUGUGGUAACUGACACGGUUAUCGAGAGUAUACCGGAUCAGGCCACUUACAUCGAAGAAGAAGCUGAAGUGCACCUACAUCGGCGGCCCACAAAACAACGAGUCUCCGAACCGGCUAGUCAACCGCAACCAGCGAAGAAAAAGUGGAAUAAGAAUCUGAUAGCCUGCUAUGACUUCUCGGACUCGGAAUAG